AACUACCUAUCUUCUCUCUCCCAGGUUUCCAUCACUCACCGGUCCGCCAGCCGUCGUGUCCUCCCAGCAACACCUCGAGCUUGAAGAGACGGCGCCCCUCGACCAUUGCAUCGACUAGCCCGAACUGAGGACCAAGAAGAGAUUAAAAGAAUUAGCAUUAUGUUGACGGAACUCAGAACAUCAACCGCUACAGAUACUCAAGGGAAAUUGUCUCAGCUCGUGCAAAUCAGCGUCCGAAUGUAAUCUUAUGUAAGAGACGAUAGUGAAGACCUCGAGUCGAGUCAAGCUGAGUCGGUAUGUCGUAUGUGACGGUGGUGGAGGUGCAGAAGAGCCGCCUUCAGGCCCCGGCGCAUGGGUGCAGGGCGAGCAAUCACAACACUGUACAUCAUGGCGACACAUAUGAGUUGUCCGGGCCAGUCACAGCUCAUGCCCCGAACACGAACUCCAAGAAUGCAUGUCAACGGGAUGAGAAACCGAGGACCUACGAGGGUUGGCCGACGAUCACGAACACCUAUGCAAAUACUACUACUAACAGACCUGCCCGGAGUCCCAGCAUUCGAGACCAGAACGUGGGGGUGGCAGGCUCCGUACUGAUGGUGUCUGACCCCCUGUGCCACCAAAAUUAUAAUACAGUGCUCUGCAGCUCCUCUGAUGAUGAAGUGAAGCCUUCCUCUUCCUCUUCCUUAUCUUCACUCUCAGAAUAUGAUUCGGAUUUCAGCACCACCGUAACGGUUGACGGAGCCAAAGACACAAGCUUAUUGCUAAACGCUGACUAUGGGACUAAGGAACACCAAUCAGGUAUUGACCAAAAGUACAAUUGUGAAAAUGCCACUUCAGGAAUCCCAGAGUCACCCGAAACUUCUCGUGUCCCGCCCGCUGCAGAUGUCACCAUGGAGUGGAGAGCGCCGGCAAAUUCCCCGCCACCUUUGCAGCCAGUCCUCAUUCCCGUCGAGGUGGACACCGACCGAGGCUCAACUCCAGCCUCGUUCUCGAGUGCCUACACGGUGACGGAGCACGGGAGUGGGAGCACCAGCGAGGACUCGGAGGCAUCGCGACACAACUGGUCUUUUCCUGAGUCAGAUGAAGAGCCACAUUUAGCACCAAGCAGAAAUGAAGUAGACAACGAUGACCAGGUAACGCCCAACUCAUGCGAGGACUCAGCCUCCAGGAUGAAUGGAAACCACAGUCUUCUGAACAAGGGCAACAUUAGCUUCCUACACUUACGUGGCGCUGCUCAACAUAAUUGGCUUACUGAUCCAGUAAGCACACAAAUGGCCCAAAUAAACGAGCAUGGUGAAGAUUUAGAGGUAGUUGAUUUCAUGUCUAGAUUUGGACAUGUUGGCGAUGAUAGGAUGUUACGCAGGUUACGGCGCCUCUCUGAAGGGAGCGACAGCAGCUGCAGCAGCAGCAGCAGCAGCGAGAGAAGCAUUGUGUACAGCUACAUUCCUUGCCGGGACCAGAAUGAGCGGGAAGACGAAGAGCUGUGGGUGGCUAACGAAGCCGCUGAUCCCGGAGGUGUCCACAGCUUCCAAGGACCAGCUCCCCCCCUCCUGCCUCUCCGGGGGUGGGGGGGCUCUUUGGGUCGUCGUGGGUCUGGAAAGCGAAGGCCAGUCUUGGGUGAGCAUCUGUGGGCGGCGCACGGCUGUGUGGCGCCUCCCUCGUGUGUUGCAUCGCUUAUGUGUACGAUCACCCCUUCCCCGGCCUUCCUUGCUGCGGGGGUGGGUAGCUCGCCUGCCCCCGGCAAGCACUACACGGAAAGGCAGAGAGCAUCAGAGAUACAAAAUAUCAAAUUCGUGGAGGAAGGACCAAGGUACAAACAGAGCUGGAGCGAACUGCACAACACAGACUCACGGCAAACAAGUGAAAACGUUAUGAUGCAAACGUCCACCAACAUGCCCACGAAGAGGUUUUCUUUCCUCAUCCGUAGCAACAGUGUGAAGCAGGAGACCCCCUCAGCCACGGAACACCAACCCGUCACGCCCAGCGACCAGGCCAUCCUGGACAAGCUGGCCACCCUCAGCCUGCAGGCUCCUGAAGUGGUGGUCAAGCCACAGGUGAAGUGUUCGCUCUUCACCCCUCCGUGUGCCCGCUGCGCGGAGUCAGUUUAUCCCCAGGAGAGGGUCGAGCCCACCCUCAGACUGGUGUACCACAGUGCCUGCUUCAAGUGUUACCACUGCGGGGUCAGGCUCACGCUCAAAACCUUCUUCAGGAGUCCGCUAGACUCUAAGGACAGCCGAGUGUUCUGCAAGAGUCACGUGCCUGCGCUGGACCCCGGGAGGGUGAGCGUCCCUGGCUCGUGCUCCAGCCACGCCUCCCGCACGCUCCCCAGGGAGAACACCAGCAGCCUCCAUAGAAGUGCAUCGACGUCUCUGCUUCGAGGCCAGCUGGACAUCGUGAAGUGCGACACCAUUGGUCUCCGCUACCUCUAGGUGGGCAGGGCAAGGAAUGAAACUCCAGAGAGAGGACUUGGAUCGGCCACUAUAGAAGAUAUAUGCUACUACGAAAAAACAAGAUAUACGUUAAUGGACUUCACUGUAUAAGCCUUUAUGCAUGACUAAUGUUCCUCUUAGAUGCUGUAGUUUAUUAUUGUAUAAGUUUCGCUAAGUACCGUGAACACAACAAGUUACCAUGAUACAUAUGAUUUACGUAUAUGCAUACUUGUGGAGAAAACCUAUAUAUUCGCGUUUUAGUAACUGUGCCAUCGAUGCAUAAAACAUGUGCUUCAAAGAAAGGACCGUUGCGUACUCCAAAGUUUCGUGGUAACAUUUUGCAUUCCAGUCACAGGAAAGGAAAUCCAUCUACAUUAAAUGCUCAUUCAUCUUUGUGAUCCACUAUAUUUAUUUUCUAGAUACCUUUGUAAGGAUCAGUUAACCAUUUUUUUCUUUCUUUCCACGCAUAUUACCUUGCAACUCAAAUAUUUAUUUCCCUGACUCAAGGCAAACAUCCUAAUUGUGCAUUCUUUACAUUCCUCGAGAGACGCGCCGUCGUUUUCUUCCAUUUAUUUUUUCUUCUUAUUUGCGUGGAUAAUAAUUUGUCUUUCCUGUGCCUAAUUUUCCUCCUUUUGUAUGGGAGAACGUACACAAUUUAAACACACAUAUAUGUGUAUUGGUAAUUUCCUACCAUGAAUUUACAUUUACAAUGAAAAUUACAGACACAGGUCUAAUAUGGGCUAGGCUGUUUGUGAUGAGUCGAAUUAUUUGCAGAUGAUAUGUACUUCCUAGAAAGAGUUACUGGCACUUCUUCCCAAAGGUUUAUUCCAGUAUUACUAGUGACAUAAUAAAUUGAUAAUUAAU